AUGAAACAGCCAAAUUCAGUCUUCUCCGAUCUGAUCGACCAUCUCACAGUCAGAGCAGAUUCAAGUCGCCUCUACAACCCAUUGCUCCAUCUCCCAGCCCAUGACGUGGACGAUGCCACCGCAGAUGCAGUCAUCUCCGAGUUCCUCAGACACAUCGAGGCAAACAAGAAGAAUAGGCCAUUUGUGCCAGACCAAAGCAAGGACUCGUACACCGUGGCACAGAUGAAGCAGAUUGGAAGCAAGUUCGAUCUAAGGAGAUUCAUGAAGUACAGAAAGGACAAUAUUGAGUGUAGGAGACUGUUGGUGCAGUUGGAGUGGCUAGGAAACAUGUACAGUAGGGAAAUGGAGGAGAUCAAUGAGUUAGAGAAGGGUGUGAUUGGUAGUAUCAGUGGAAGUAGUAUCACUACUAGCAGCAAUACCAUCAAUAGUGACAAUAAUGAUGAUAUUGUAACCAGGGUGGAAAACAGUGCAUUUCUGCUGGAUCUGCCUGAAAUGACCAAGCCAAGUCACACGCCAGUACGAAGCAAGGGGGUAGAGUGUGUGAUUGGUAUCAUAAAGAGAAGGAGAAGGAAUCUCCUACUGAUUGAGGAGAUACAGAGCAGUAUUGUGGGCGUAAUAGAAGAAGGAAGAGAACUAGGGGAGUUUAUCAAAAGAGUCAUAAAGAGGGGGUAG